ACGACGCCACUCUGCUCGACGGAGCGCCGAGAGACGGCAGUGGAGGAAAAGGAGCGCCUGCGCGGUACGGAGUAGCGGUGGACUAGGCGGAGGAUUGCUUCCUGCACUCCUGUCGCAGUUCGGAAUUUGCAGUGCGCCUGCGUGUUGGUGGAGGGGAAGAGGGCGGUGUCCGGUCCCGUGUUUUGAAUGUCUCGAUGCGGCUAGCUCACUAUUUGGCAGGAAAGUGAGGAGGCCUCCAUCCUGGUGGUAGAGUUCGUGUACGGAGAGGAGGAUCCAAAUGUAGCAGAGGCGAAUUGGAGGCAGCAGUGGUGACUGCGGAGUGGGACAAACGAAACAAGGGGAGCAGCUCCCCAUACUGCUGCCGCAGAGAAUCUGGGUGGCCUAGUGAGACAGGAGGACUGCUGCGGCUGCAGUGCUAACACUCCUAGACUAUCCUCCUGGCACUCCCAGGCGCCCAUCCCCCCAGCAGAGUGAUAUAACUGAAAGUGCUUUUCCUAUAUUUGAGGAAGAACGAAUUGAUGAUUGGACGGUAUUUUAAUAAGUAGCUGUUGUAUUACGAGAAUAAGAAGAUAUCUGGGGAGUUGGGAAGAACUGGAUUUUGACCCUAGUCUAGCAGCUCUGCUGCUCACUUAAACACAGAUGAAUGAAGACCCCAUUUGGAAAAUCACCAGGUCAGCGGUCCAGAGCUGAUGCAGGUCAUGCGGGAGUCUCUGCAAGCAUGAUGAAGAAAAGAACUUCCCACAAAAAGCAUAGAAACAAUGUUGGACCAAGCAAACCUAUUUCUCAGCCACGAAGAAACAUUGUAGGCUGCAGAAUACAGCAUGGUUGGAGAGAAGGGAGCGGACCUGUAACACAAUGGAAAGGCACAGUUCUUGAUCAAGUUCCUGUAAAUCCCUCCCUCUAUCUUAUAAAGUAUGAUGGAUUUGAUUGUGUGUAUGGACUAGAACUGCACAAAGAUGAAAGAGUUUCAGCACUUGAAGUCCUUCCAGACAGAGUUGCUUCAUCUCGAAUUAGUGAUGCCCAUCUGGCAGACACAAUGAUUGGCAAAGCUGUGGAACAUAUGUUUGAGACAGAGGAUGGCUCAAAAGAUGAAUGGAGGGGAAUGGUCUUGGCUCGAGCUCCUAUUAUGAACACAUGGUUUUAUAUUACCUACGAGAAAGAUCCUGUCUUGUAUAUGUACCAACUCUUAGAUGACUAUAAAGAAGGUGACCUUCGCAUUAUGCCCGAUUCCAAUGAUUCGCCUCCUGCAGAACGAGAACCAGGUGAAGUUGUAGACAGCCUGGUAGGCAAACAAGUGGAAUAUGCCAAAGAAGAUGGCUCAAAACGGACUGGCAUGGUCAUUCAUCAAGUUGAAGCCAAACCAUCUGUCUAUUUCAUCAAGUUUGAUGAUGAUUUCCAUAUUUAUGUCUAUGAUUUGGUGAAGACAUCCUAGACGUCAUCAUGAACUUCUGCCAAAUUUGUGGAACUAUUAAAUGUAAAAUUUGUAGACACAGACUUGACUGUUUUUCAGUUGAAUGAAAAUUUAGAUGUCCCUGCGAACCCACAAUCUCUGCCAGCAACUGUUUUGUUCUGAAUAAUACAAAUUUAUGUGCUUAUGACACAUCUUAAGAGAGCUCCUUUUCUUGAAGGAAAUCAAUAUAUUUGGGUGGUAGGGAGUUAAAAGCUAAGAACAGUUGCAAAUUCAAGUUGUGUGAAGUCAAUCUAGUAUUGUAAUCUAGAUUUUUUCUUAGAUUAACUUUUUCUUCAACCUUGCAUCACCUGUUCAACUGCCACAUGCAAGUGUAGUUUGCUAUUUUUCAUAUGUCUUCUUUUGCAACAUUAAAUUUAAUUUCUUGGCUACUGGCAGUCCCUGUUUUCUGGGUUGAGACAGAGGUGACUUUUCUGAAAGAUUUAAACAGUUUGUGCAGCAGUAAGGAGUGUCUAACCCACGUAACAUCAAUUUACUGUGUUUCUACUCUUUCAAAUUAAGUUAUUAAAUACUUGUGUGUUUUUUACUAGUCACAGGGCAGUAGGAUAUCAAGUGUUUGACUUAUGCACCUUUCAGUGAAAAGGCUUUAAGCUAUAAAAAUAUAUUUAAUCUGUAUAUCCAGCUAAUUAGAAAAUGAAGGUUAAGGGCCUGUGUUUACAAGUUGUGUAGGAACCAGUAAAAUACACACAACAAAGCUGCCAUUAAUCCUAAAUGUUGUGUUUUGUUUUGUUAUACACAUUUCGUAGCAGAAUACAAGUGCUUGGUGCCACAAGUUUAACAGUAUAUAAUGCUACUUAAGCAGACUUUGGACUACACAUCAGCAAUCAGUAGUCUCUCAUUUAAUAUCAGAACCUAGCAACCUGGAUGUUUGUGUGUGAACUUAGAAAGCUAGUAUUAGUUAAUCUUUUACACAAUAAAUACAAGUUAUGCAGGAGGGGCGUCCUUUUACACUGAGGACCUCCUUUAGAGAAGGAGAAGCAUUUGUUGCCUUCUCCUCAGUCUGCUGUAUUCCUUUGCUUUGUUUUGUGCUGGGCUUUGCUAUUGUUUUUAACCAUUUUGGUUCAAGAAGGCAUAAUUUCAGUGUAUUCUAUUUUUGGCUUUUCCACGUAAGGAGUGUCCAGACAAAUCUACAGUUUAAACCUGUUGUUGCCUUUUGUGGUGUACUUGCUUUGAGGUAUGCCAUUAACAUGAAUUUCAUUCUGUGAACACUAGAGUUAUGCAUGCCAGUGAUGUACUAUCUAAUGGGAGCUAUAGGCUGUCUCAGUGGUUCAGUCAUCUGCAUUAGAUUGUGGAUGCAAAUAACAGCCCACAACAGCAGAAUCCUUUCACAGUUUUAAUCUUGCAACAUAGUUGUAAAUCAAGGUUAGGGUAUUUGGGUUUUUAAGAAUAGCAACUUUUAAAAGCAUCAUAAUUGUAAUGAGGAUCAGCACAGCAACAAAAUUUUCAUGUUGAAACAGAGCUCUACAGGCUUCAAACCACUGCUUCACAGAAAUACAGUAUGUGAAGAAUGUGAAUACAGUCAAUGCUAUUGAUGGAAAGAAGGAAUAUGUAGAUAUCCAACUUGAUGAUGUUAGUGGAAGGAUGCAGGAGAGAUACUGCUAAUCAGAGAUCAGGGGUCUGACCUCUAUUGUGAGUAUUCUUAAUAGCAAAGACUCAGUGGCUUAAAUCCUUUUCUGUCUUUUUUUUUUUUUUUUGCCUGAUUUCAUGCUUUAGCCUUAAGGCUUGUGCCUCAUUAUGGUGUUAAAUGGUAAUACUGUAUAAAUAUGGUAUCAAUUCUUUGUCCCUUGCUACUAUAUUGCAUUAUGUCCUGUAUUUCACCAUGGGCAACCAAAGGCAGGCUAUUGUCUUUCAGUUCAAAACUUCUCAAUCCAGUCUUUAAGCACCAAGUAUCUAGUCAGUAAAUUUUCAUUGUGUUUUGAACAAAAUGAACAGAUUUGCAACACAGUGCUUUCAUCCUGCAGAUCUGUUAUGUGCUUCCUAUUGACUCUUAAGAGUCCUGCAUGUAAAUCUCAAAGCUGAGCCUGGCUCCAUGAGCCCAAGUUGAUAUUUGUGGCACAAGAAUGAGUGUAUUGAUUACACACAAAAUACACUAAUAACUUAGUACAAUGAAUUUUGGGCUUUACAUCUAAGGAUGUAACAACAAGGUUUGUUUUGAAAUAUUUGAGGUUUAGCUCUACUGGAACAUUUUUAGCAUUUGGCUUGCAUUUGUGGGUUUUUAUGUAAGCCACUCUAAUACACCACAUAUUUUGCUAAUUAGAAUAUAAUCUAUACAGUAUAUACUGUCAAAUUUUAUGGUUGUUUUUAGAUGCCCCCAUUGUCUGUUGCAUGGGAUUUUUCUUUUCAUCUUUUUUUUCUUAAGAUUUGUGUGGAGAGGUGGUUUUGGUUUUGUGGUUGGUUUUUUUAACAGCUUAAACCACCGUUUUGAGACUUGAGACUUAUUCCACUCCCUGCCAUCUGUUUUGGGCUUACUUUAGGCUCAUGUUUCAGAUCUCCAUGCAGUGCUUGCAUUACCCUAGUAACUACAUGUUGGUCCCUUGUUCUAGGGGUUCAACAUUACUUUCCAAAUUUAUCAUAGGUCUUGUGAUGACACAAGCCAUGGAUCUUGGUAUAAAAAUUAUUAGCCUCUCAUUUACCUGCUGUAGUAUUGUUGUAUAUUGUGUGUGCAUGAUGUCGAGCUGCCAUGGAAAACUUUUAAAAAGGAAAAAAACCCACCUUAAAUGCAGACCAUCCUUUUUUGCAUGCUUAGAAGGUUAGAACAUUCAAUGUAACAAAUGGAAGUUGCAUGUUAUAAUGUUUAGGUUUGGGGUUUGUUCUGUUUUUAUUUUGUGUUCAGUUUUUUGUGAAUUUCCUUAUUGUGCUCUUUAAAUGGUUGUUAAUAGGAUUAAAUGCACUGGUGAGGCAAACAUAGUUCCAACGAAAGGUAAUUUUCCAGUUGUAUGUCAUACAGCAUUUGAAGGGACCAUGUAUUCUGUUCAAGAAUAAAUAAAAUCAUAAUUGAUAAGUAAAACAAUGAUUUUUUUUUUCUUUUGAAUGCCAAACCCUUAACUAAGUGGGACUACAUAAAGACUGAAAUACUUUGGGGAAAAUCCUAUUUAUAACAAUAGGUAUCUAUCUUCUUUAAAUUAAUUCUUUAAAAUUGAAGAUUUAUCUUCAAAUAGAAUAAAUUAAAGUUGCUUCAGGGAAAAAUAAUUAGAGUAAAAAACAGUUUAUGGUUCCUUGAAAAUGUUGUGCAUUUUGUAUUUUAUAUCAUUUGUGCACUUUGAAUGGUUCUCGGUAUGUGUAUAGUUCAAAGGUCUUCGUGUUCACAUUUUAAAAUUAGGUAGUGACUUCAUCUUUAAAGCUUGGUUUCAUUAUUUUUUAUUUUCUUUGCAUUUAGAAGUAUGAACACUUUAAAUCUGUUACUUAAUUCUGUAAGUAAUUUUUAUAAUUAUGAUGUAACUCUAUCCUUAAAACAUUUAAAAUAAAUCCUUUAUGUGC